UUUUUGGUUUGCGUGUGUGGCGAGAGGACAGCCGUGUGUUGUGUCGCGUGCACGAACAUCAGUGAGGGCAUUGCGACAUCAGAUCACAUCAUCACAUCACCUGCUGCUGGUGUUUAGUGGGUUUGUGAGCAUGGCAGUGGCUGGGUGCCUCGUGUGCAGGAAAGCUGCAACCGCAGCCCAGCAUGUGUUCCUUGGCCAAGCUGGACGCGGGUCAUCCAAGGGGUUUGUGUCACUGCGCAAGCAAGCAAUGCGGGAUGUCACGUCAACGAAGGAGCGCAACACAUGCGUCCAUCACACUUCCACGGACGCCACCCGGCAUGAUGAGUGUCCGUUGCCGAGGGCGAAGGCAUCGUCCAUCAUGAACGCUGAGUCGUCAGCGUUUGCGUCAACACCAGCCUUGCCGCCGUUUCUCACAUCGUUGGUGCCUGGGCUUGGGUCGCCACUGGAAUGGACACACAUGCAAUCACCCUUCCUGCUGUCCACCCGCGGGUAUUCCACCUCCAGCCGAAUGCUUGCGCCCAAGAAGGCGAGCGACAGCGACGAUGAUGCUGCUGCUGCUGCUGCCCAUGAGGGGGAAGUCGCAGACACGACGGAGGCCAAACCCCUCUCAGGGUGGCGCCGAUUCUUGUCUGUCGAUCGCAUCCAGGCUCCUGCGUCCUUCAACCGGUGGUUGCUUGUUCCGCCCGCUGUCGCUGCGCACCUUGCACUCGGGUCCGUGUACGCCUGGAGCAUUCUCAACAACAGCCUCACCCGCAAUAUCGGCGUUGUUGGAUCAGCUGCUGACGACUGGACGCUGAGCGAGGUUGUGCCCAUCUUCUCAGUCAUCUGCGGUGUGCACGGCCUCUCUGCCGCUCUUCUCGGCAAAUGGCAGGAGCGCGUUGGUCCGCGCCACGCAGGCGUGAUUGGGGCACUCACCUUUGGUGCCGGCUUUGCGCUGGGUGGUGUUGGUGUGCACAUGCACAGCCUCUCCACCGCCUUCGCUUCUGGCAUCCUCAUUGGGGCUGGGAUGGGCCUGUCGUAUGUGCCGCCUGUUGCGACGCUGCUGCGCUGGUUCCCGGACCGCCGCGGGCUGGCCACGGGCCUAACCAUCAUGGGCUUUGGCGGUGGUGCCAUCUUCGCCUCAAUGGCAAUGACGAACCUGAUCAAAGUGUUCCAGGAAAAGCCAACGUACAUUGGAUCGCUGUCCGAGGUGGAUGUGAUCACAUCCAACGGUCGCAAGUUGGCGGAUGUGAGCGGCGUCAUGGAAGAGGUCGUCGUAGCCACUGAUAAGAUCAUUUACCGUUUGCCCUUCUCCGAUCUCGCUGAAGGUGUGUAUCUGGCUGGCACGGGCUCGACCGGUGUGACCCAGACGCUGGUCACGCUGGGCGCCGUCUACGCCUCCGUCCUCUUAGGCGCCUCCCUCAUCUACAGAUUGCCUCCCGCCAACUUUGCGCCUGUGACCGCAUCCAAGGACGGCAAAGUCGCCAGCGGGCCCACGCCAAAGGGCCCCGUGACGAAAGGAAACGUGCACAUUAACGAUGUGAUGAAGACACCCCAGUUCUGGCAAAUCUGGCUGAGCUUUGGCGCCGUUGCAUCCACAGGCAUGGGCGUGCUUUCCAUCGCCAACACCAUGAUCAUGGAGAUUUUUGAGCUCUCGCUUCCUCAGAUUGUCUCCCUGUCCUUUGCGUCGACGUUUGUGAUGGCGCUCUCUGCUGCCAAUCUCUCUGGCCGCGUCGGCUGGGCUGCCGUCUCAGACUACAUCGGACGCAAGUCGACGUACACCAUCUUCACGGGCCUGAGCGUUCCUCUCUACCUCUCCCUCCCAUUUUUCAUCGAGAGCGCAACAGCUGCGCCGUCCAUUGCGCCACUGGUCGGCUUCUACGGCACCACGAUGCUCAUCAUCAGCCUCUUUGGCGGCGCUUACAGCACGACACCCGCGUAUGAGGCGGACAUCUUUGGCACGAAAUUCGUCGGCGCGACGCACGGCCGCAUGCUCUCUGCAUCCGCUGUUGGCGGUCUGGUUGGUAGCCAGUGCUGA